AUGCCUGUGGCCCUAGGGGUUAUUGUCCUGGGGAGCCGGACAUACGCCCGGUUGGUCAGAGCAGGACGCAGGGCUGAGACACACUCUGGGAGCGGCGCCGACGGCCGCGCGGCGCUGGACGUGGUGCACCCGGUGCGCGUGGACGCGGGCGGCGCCUUCCUGUCGUACGAGCUGUGGCCGCGCGCGCUGCGCAAGCGGGACGUGUCCGCGCGCCGCGCCGCGCCCGCCUUCUACGAGCUGCAGUACCGCGGGCGCGAGUUGCGCUUCAACCUGACGGCCAACGCGCACCUGCUGGCGCCCGGCUUCGUGAGCGAGACGCGGCGGCGCGGCGGCCUGGGGCGCACGCACAUCCGCGCCCGCGCGCCCGCCUGCCACCUGCUCGGCGAGGUGCAGGACCCCGAGCUGGAGGGCGGCCUGGCGGCCAUCAGCGCUUGCGACGGGCUGACAGGUGUGUUCCGCCUCUCCAACGAGGACUACUUCAUCGAGCCCCUGGAGGGUGUGCCUGCCCGUCCUGGCCACGCCCAGCCCCACGUGGUCUAUAAGCGCCAAGCCCCAGAGAGGGGGGCGGAGCUGGGGGGCUCCAGAGCUCCCGGCACCUGCGGGGUACCAGCGUCCAUGGAGCCGGAGGCCCGGCGAGAGCGUUGGGAGCAGCGGCAGCAGUGGCGUCGGCAGCGCCCGAGGCGUCUGCAUCAGCGCUCGGUCAGCAGGGAGAAGUGGGUGGAGACCCUGGUGGUCGCCGACACCAAGAUGGUGGAGUACCACGGGCAGCCGCAGGUCGAGAGCUACGUGCUGACCAUCAUGAACAUGGUGAGGCUGCGGAGGGGUCCUGCCGGCUGCUUCCUGGCCAGCUGCUUCCUGCUGGAGGAGGGCCCGGCCAGAGGUGGCUCUGCACACACGCGGGCGCACAGCCGCCUUCCGGCAGCCCCGGCGGCCCGAGCUGUGCCGAGCAUGGGAGACCGGGCUCCUCACCAGCUGUGCGGCCUCAGGCCCCACUUCCCGGUGCAUAGAGAGGCCGAGGGCCCCCGUGCUCGGGGACGGGGCUGCGAGCGGGAUCGCCUGUCCUUCGGCUUCUGUGAGACCCUCCGCCUGCUGGGCCGCUGCCAGCUGCCUGCCGUCCGCACCCAGUGCUGCCGCUCCUGCCCCCUACCAGGCCACGGGGUCCCCUCCCGCGGCCAUCAGCGUGUCGCCCGCCGCUGA